UUGUGAGCCCGCCUUUCCGCUGGGCGCGAGCGAGAGGGUGGGGGCGGCGCUUUGUUUGUCCCGCGAGGGGAAUGGGCGUGAGAGGCGGCGCGAGCGGCCGCGAACCGUCGCUGCUAACGGUGACCGGGAGCGCGCGUUAGCCAGGAGUGGGGGGAGGUGGUCGGCCCUGGAUUUGGCUCUCGUUGUGCCCGGGGUGGAUGAGUUGCCUUCGCUGUCGUUGUUCGGCCGUCCCCUUGCGAUGAAAAUGGUGGAACCAGUGGGAUUCGUGGAAGCCUGGAAGGCUCAGUUCCCCGACUCUGAGCCGCCCAAGAUGGAGCUAAAGAGCGUCGGCGACAUUGAGCAAGAGCUGGAGAGCUGUAAAUGCAGCAUUCGGAAACUGGAGCUGGAGGUAAACAAGGAGCGGUUUCGCAUGAUUUACCUCCAGACGCUGCUGGCCAAGGAGAAGAAGAGCUACGACAAGCAACGAUGGGGUUUCAGAAAGUCCACGGUCCUAAUGGAACAAGACGAUGAGAUGCCUCAGGACUCUUUGCAUCAUCAUCAUCAUCAUCCUGCCUCUGGGGAAGGGGAGGAACCUGCGUGCCUCCCCGGAGAGGGCAAUUCAAAGAGGCAAACCGAAGGGGUAGAGGGGACGAUAGACACCAGAGGUGAGAUGGAAAGCUCACCAACCAGACAGAGGGCGUCCUCAACGAGGAGGGCGAUCGCAACGCCAGAGAGGGACCCAGGACGAGGUUUCAGCCAAGAUUGUGAACAGAUUGAGAAAAAAGAUAAAGCUGGAGCUGGCACAAGUGUGGCUGCAUUGAGGUCCAAUUUUGAAAGAAUCAAGAGAACCAAUUCCCACUCUGCUGGGGAUGGCAAAGGUAUGGAAAAACCUCUGUAUGUCAAUGUAGAGUACCAUCAUGAAAAAGGAUUGGUGAAAGUCAAUGACAAGGAGGUAUCUGACAAGAUCAGUACAAUUGGGAGUCAGGCCAUGCAGAUGGAGCGGAAGAGAUCAUUACACUCUUUCCCCAGUACUGUGGGAUCAGUGGACUACCGCAAGCCCACAUACAGAGGUAGGUCAACAGACAGCAACUCUGGGUACGACCCAGAGUAUGAUGACAUGGAUCUGAAUCCUAGAUUCUUGAAGGAUAAUCUUAUUCGUGCCACUGCCAAUGGAGGCAAACCUGACAAGGAACCUUGGCAGCAAGAAUUCCAGCCAUAUGAAAGUGUUUAUAUUGGUGGAAUGAUGCAAGAUAGUGAUAGUAAACCCAGUGGUGUCUUGAGAGACUGUGGAAGAUUUCAGAGCACGAGAGAUCAUGAGAAACAUCUAACAUGGCCUCGGAGGUCCUAUUCACCUGGUGCUGAUGAUGUUGGUGGAGGGUAUACUCCAGACUGCAGUUCAAAUGAAAAUUUAACUUCAAGUGAGGAUGAUUUUUCUUCUGGCCAGUCGAGUCAUGUUUCUCCCAGCCCCACCACCUAUCAUACUUUUCGGGAAAAAAGUCGGUCUCCCUCUCAAAACUCGCAACAAUCUUUUGAUAGUAGCAGUCCACCCACCCCACAGUCACAAAAGCGACACAAACACCAAGUUACUGUACAGGAAGCAAUGGUGGUUGGUCUCAGGAAGUCAGGACAAAUUUGGACAACUGAAGCUGAUCUUGCCCACAGGAGUACUGAAGAGGACAGUUUCCAUGGAGACCCAGACACACUCUACAGCAGCACACUGCCAAUCUAUGCGUAUGAUGCCGAUCGAGUUGAAGAACAAAGACGGAACCAGGAAAGCAUGCCCUACAUAGAUGAUUCACCUUCGUCAUCACCUCAGCUCAGCUCCAAAAGUCGGGGUAGCAGGGACACUAUCUCAUCUGGAUCCUUGGAAUCUACCAAGUCCAGCGAACCAGAUUUGGAAAAGGGCCUGGAGAUGCGAAAAUGGGUUCUAUCUGGAAUCCUAGCCAGUGAGGAAAUAUACUUGAAUCAUCUAGAGGCACUUUUAUUGCCUAUGAAACCUCUUAAAGCAGCUGCUACCACAUCUCAGCCUGUCCUCACGAGCCAACAAAUAGAAACCAUCUUCUUCAAAGUGCCUGAACUCUAUGAGAUACACAAAGAUUUCUAUGAUGGACUUUUCCCCAGAGUUCAGCAAUGGAGUCACCAUCAGUGUGUUGGAGACCUCUUUCAAAAACUGGCCAGCCAACUUGGGGUAUACAGAGCAUUUGUGGAUAACUAUGAAGUCGCUGUGGAGACAGCAGAGAAGUGUUGCCAAGCCAACACGCAGUUUUCAGAAAUUUCCGAGAAUUUAAAAGUCAGGAGUUCAAAAGACUUGAAAGAUCAAAGCACUAAGAACUCUCUGGAAGCUCUUCUGUAUAAACCUGUUGACCGUGUCACCCGAAGCACACUUGUUCUCCAUGAUUUAUUAAAACACACACCAGUCAGUCACCCAGAUCAUCCUUUGCUACAAGAUGCCCUCCGUAUUUCACAGAACUUUUUGUCAAGCAUUAAUGAGGAGAUCACUCCCAGGAGACAGUCUAUGACUGUGAAGAAAGGCGAGCAUCGGCAACUAAUAAAGGACAGCUUUCUGGUCGAACUUGUGGAAGGAGCUAGGAAACUUCGACAUGUGUUCCUCUUCACUGAUCUUUUUCUUUGUGCAAAGAUGAAGAAACAAGUAGCUGGCAAAAACCAACAAUAUGACUGUAAGUGGUACAUUCCUCUCGCUGAUCUGAGUUUCCAAAAUUUGGAUGAGUCAGACAACACUCCAACCAUUCCACUGGUACCAGAUGAAGAAUUGGAUACCAUGAAAAUAAAGAUCUCUCAAAUCAAGAAUGAAAUUCAGAGAGAAAAGAAAGCCAAUAAAGGCAGCAAAGUGAUUGAACGGCUGAAAAAGAAACUAUCAGAACAGGAAUCUCUGUUACUGCUGAUGUCUCCAAACAUGGCUUUCAGAGUACAUAACAGGCAUGGCAAGAGCUAUGUAUUCCUGAUAUCAUCAGAUUAUGAGAGGGCUGAAUGGAGAGAAAUCAUCCGUGAGCAGCAAAAGAAAUGUUUUAAGAGUUUUUCACUCACUUCUGUUGAACUACAGAUGCUCACAAAUUCAUGUGUGAAGCUGCAAACCGUUCACAACAUUCCAUUAACUAUCAAUAAAGAAGAUGAUGAAUCCCCUGGCCUUUAUGGGUUCCUGAAUGUAAUUGUCCAUUCAGCUACUGGAUUCAAACAGAUAUCAAAUUUGUACUGUACAUUAGAAGUAGAUUCAUUUGGCUACUUUGUUAACAAAGCUAAGACAAGAGUCUACAGGGACACAAUGGAACCAAACUGGAAUGAGGAAUUUGAAAUAGAACUGGAAGGAUCUCAAACACUACGAAUUUUAUGCUAUGAAAAAUGCUACAACAAAACAAAACUCACCAAAGAAGAUGCUGAAAUUACUGAUAAAAUCAUGGGGAAAGGACAGAUUCAGGUAUUGAGUCUUGCCCGGACACGGUUCAAUGAACUUCAGCAGUCCUCUGACACUAUACAGUGCUGGCAGGCUAGUCAACAAUGGGAGGCAUCACACCAAAGCCUGACCAUAUCCUCAACCCAAAUGUUGUCUGGAAUUUUAAGAUUACAUUCUCUGGAACCACAAGUGUUGCAGGACAAGGACUGGCAAAGAACUGUCAUAACAAUGAAUGGGAUUGAGGUGAAGUUAUCAAUGAAAUUCACCAGUCGGGAGUUCAGUUUGAAACGGAUGCCAUCUCGAAAACAAACUGGAGUCUUUGGUGUAAAGAUUGCAAUCGUCACCAAGCGGGAAAGAUCUAAGGUGCCUUACAUAGUGCGACAAUGUGUGGAAGAGAUUGAGAGACGCGGAAUGGAGGAAAUUGGCAUUUAUCGAGUUUCGGGAGUUGCAACAGACAUUCAGGCCCUUAAAGCUGCUUUUGAUGUCAAUAAUAAAGAUGUCUCUGUGAUGAUGAGUGAAAUGGAUGUUAAUGCUAUUGCGGGAACUUUGAAACUUUAUUUCCGUGAGUUGCCUGAACCCCUCUUCACAGAUGAGUUAUACCCUAAUUUUGCUGAAGGAAUUGCACUGUCUGAUCCAGUUGCUAAGGAGAGCUGUAUGCUGAACCUGCUGCUUUCACUGCCAGAACCUAAUCUCAUUACCUUCCUAUUUCUGCUGGAUCAUUUGAAGAGGGUGGCAGAGAAAGAGCAGAUCAACAAGAUGUCAUUGCAUAACCUUGCCACUGUCUUUGGACCCACACUGCUAAGGCCCUCAGAAAAAGACAGUAAAAUACCGACAAACCCCACACAAGCAAUCUCAAUGGCAGAUAGCUGGUCACUGGAGGUGAUGUCACAGGUGCAAGUUCUGCUAUAUUUCCUGCAGCUGGAGACCAUUCCAACACCAGACAGUAAACGCCAGAGCAUCCUUUUCUCAACAGAGGUGUAGUACAUAGUCAUCCAAGUAUGAACACAGCAGCAAGCAAACAUUAACAGUACAAUGUUCACCUUUGUCACUGUUUAAUUAAACAUGGGACAUCAUAUUGUUAGUUACUGUCCCUGAUUUAAUCCACGGUUACAAACCAAGCUUCUUGUUUGUUUUAGAGAAGAAUCGAAUAGAAGCUGUCCUAUUCAUGUACACCAGAGGGCAGUGUAUAACAGUGAUAAUUUAACACCUCUUAUGUUACAACUUGAUAUCUUAAUGAUACUCAAGUAUGAAGACGAUGGAUAAUUCUGUAUAUUUUUCAUUCCUUUAACACUUCCUCAGCAAAUAGAAAUACUGUUGGAGUUUGCUAUUGUAAUUAGCAAUUGUAGAUUGGAAUGUAAAUGGGAAUUGAAUAUAUACAAGACCCAAAGCAAAUCCAUGACCAUGGAAAAGCUUCUGAGAAAAAUAUUUUGUGUCAGUUGUACCGUGCAUUAUUUUCUGACAUUGUGGAAUGCUUGGUUGAAAUAAUGAUAGGGUUUCUGAUUCCUUCUUUUAACAGGAAUGUACUUGACAGCCAUUUGUGCAACUCUGUGUGUUCUAUAGGUUUCCUUAUCUGCCGAAGGCUACGUACUGGUUUAAAACCCUGAGCAAUACGUGGCUAUGCAUCUGUUUUUGAGAUGAAUGAUUUUAUUGUCAUGUGUAUUUUAAAGUGAGAAAGACAGUAAAAUGCAGUGAAAAGCUUUUCCACUGUCACCAUAGGACAUGGUCAAUAGAAUGCAACUUCCAAGGGGAUCACUUUCCAAUAGUUUGGUUUUGCCACAUUUAUAUAUUCCAGCCCUUUUAGCACUGGAAUUUAACAUGCAGGCAUGUUAAGUUUAAAGUUUAUGUAAUAAAUUCCCUUUAUAAUUGUUUUUCUAUUUUUCCCAGAAGCUGGUUAUUUUGGGCUGGGAUUAUAACAUUAUCUUUCUCAAAGUUUCUGAUGAAUGAAGGUUACCGAGUUGGAACUGCUGGUUUUGAAACUUCAUCAUAAAAUACCGACAGUGCAGUUAUAGGCCCUUUGGCCGAUCGAGUUUGCAUCAACCCUCCAAACAGUAUCCACCCUAUCCCUGUAACCUCACAUUUACCAUAGUUAACUCAACUGGCCUGCACAUUCCUGAUGGUGUUUCCUUUAGUGUGUAAAUGAACAUAGGAAUCUGAUAUACUGAUGCUGAAUGCUGGUUAUUUUUCAUUAGAAAUAAUGAGAUUAUAAAAAAAAUUACAGAGUCUAAAGCAAAUGUUUCCAAUGAAUUGGAAGAAUAAAGCUCAGCAUAGAAAUCUGUCAAAACAAAAAUCAGCAAGAUAAGUCUUAACUCUUUCACUUAGUUACCUGAUCAUACAAGCAUUUCAGAUCUCAAAUGUCAUCUUCAAUGAGUUUUUGGUGUGAAAGUCUAUAUAAAAUCUACAUAAGCUGGUAACUGCACACCUUUCUUGUGCCAGUUAAAUGAUUGAGGUGUUGUAUUUACCAGUGUGCACUAAUCCAUUUUAUCUGCACCUUAAACUGACCCAUCAAAGGUCAGGUUCUGAUCAGUGAGGUGCUACUGCUGAAAAUGGGAUAAUGAAGAGGAUAAAGUCCCUUGUCUAGCUGUUAACCCAGAGUCUGAUUGCCACUGCUGUACAGCUGUCUGACCAUCACUGAUGUAUUGCUCCCCACAACUGCUGUCACUGGGCACGGCUCCCUGGGACUGGCUGUCUCUGGGUUACAUUCACACAGGCACCACCAAAUGUUAAUAUGUAAGUUUACAUAUUAAAUAUUGAUAGGGACACAAUGUUGAGGAUCACAGCAGAGCCACACUUUUCAAUAUUACUUUUAGUGGGAUUCAUUACAUAUUUAGUGUUGGGACCACCCCCAUGUAGGCCUGAAGCAGUGUGUUUGAAUGUAGUGUCUAAGAAUAGAUUAGUAAAAGUUGGUCUGUUUGGCUCAAUCUUUCAGCUAGCGAUCCGAUGUAUACAGUUAGUACUGUAGUAAAUUACAUCUUGGUCUGGAUUCAUGCUGACAAUCUGCUAAGUGAAUUCAUGAAACAGUGGAUGCUAGUUACUGAGAUUUAUUAACUCUGAACUUCCCCAACACUGACUAGUUGCUCAUUGCAGAUGUUUUAAAGAUUGAUGUUUCACAGAUUACUUUUUCAAAACUAGUUGUAGGAUAAAAUUUGUGGUUCUUGUAGGAGACUACAGUAUGCAAAUCUUUGUGAUUUUACUUUACUUAAUUCGAUUCUUAAAUUAUAUUUAACAAAAAAUACUGAACACAUCUGUUUAGUAGUAGUGUACCUCCUUCAAAUUGCAAAUGCAUACAGAUGUUUUACAUAUUUACCAACAUCCAAGGAAUGAUUCACCAUUCCUCAUCUCUAUUGUGUUCUCUGACUAGGGAGAGGGAAAAUGUUUCCAUUCACAAAAAUCAUUCCAGUCAACAAAACACACAAUAUAGUUGGGAAGGGUUCAUUUCCCGUUGAAUCAAAUUGCUGAUGAAUUGUGGAAAAUAAAUUGACAUUGGGUCAGAAGACAUUCCAGUAAUCAAUGCACCAAGUACUGUAAAUAACAUUAAAGAUCAUUAAAAAGAUCGCAAGUGCUAGAGAUGGAACACAGAAAAGACGUUAAUGUUUUGAUUAUAGUUGUGUUCCCUUAUAUCUUAUGGUGAAAUCCCUUGCUCAGCACCCAUGUAUUCUGAGGUCAGAAAUGUGUGAUAUGGAAUAUUACAUACUUAAACAUGCUUCAGUUAAUCUGGUCGUGUUAAGACAAUAAUAUUUCUCUGUGCAUAACAUUUCAACAUUUGUGUUUUAUAAAAGCAGAACAAGUAGAAUUUCAUGACAGUUAAGUUCAUGAGGGAUCUCUGCCCUCUCAGGAGCCUGUGUUGCACACUUGUCUGGAUAAUGGUAAUAAAAUACAAAUCCUCUCUGUUGAUAAUAAAUAUCUUCUGCAAAGCAACUUGCACCAUUCUAACUCCAUAUGAAAGGGUACCUUCACGGCAUGAACCUCCCCAAACAUACUUUGGUAUAAAUUUUCCAUAUAUAUCACUUUUUAUUAACUAGCACCUAUGGGACCAAGUGCAUGCUGGUUGAUCAGGAGGUCCACAUAAUUAACGUGACAAUACGGGGGGAAUACACAUCACUGCAAUACUUCAUUUACAGCUUAAAUCACUUAAAUAAAUAAACUUAUCAACAAAGAGCCUUCUUACUUGCGCCCUUAACUGACUACUUUGACAUGGUGGAGAUCACAAUAAUACAGUAAACUCUUGAUAGUUCAGGUAUAUAAUUUUUGAUGGUUUAUCGAGAGUGCUGGUUCAAACAAAGUUUGCUGUAUCAGUUCUGAGUUUAAGAAAUGGAGAAUGUGAUCCUCUAUCGUUCACAUUAAUUAUUUCAGCAAGAUGAGUGGAGAUAUUAAUUAAACAGUAUUCAAACACAGAGUUACAAUGUACUGUUAGAAAUGUUAAAAGACUGGUAGAAAGUCAUUAUCAAUUCAGCACAAUAGGGGAAAAAAAGUAUUUCUUUUAAUAGCUGGAACCUCAAUUUUUCACAUAACGCAGAUGUCUUUGAAGUGACUGCAGGCUUAUUAGCAAACUUCAGUCUCCAAGGUCAGUGCUUUCGUAAUAACAAUUACCUAGAUUUCAUAUGUUAUUUUUCAACUUAUCAUGAUCUACUGUGAAGUCAAUUGAGUAAUAAACAGUGGGGAUUUUGUCAGGUACUGUAUGGAACAGUAACCAGUAACAAUUUAGAGGAAAUAAUUGGAUGGGAAAAUAUUGUAUUAUAAUGCAGUAGUUAAACAGUGAUAAUUCCCUUCACCAAAUGACUGUAAACCAUUGUAACCCGCUUUUGAUGUAAUGUUGUAAUUGUUAAGCCACCUGCACAGUCUAGGGACAUGGGUUAGUUAUUUAUUGAAAUAAUCAGGAUUAAAUUAUAUAAAUAGUACUUAUUCAAAUCUUGUGUAGAAGCCUUUUGUUCCUUGCAUUUUUGGAUCGUCAGUUGAAUUGACAUAACUAUAAGUUUGUGAAUGUGUUCCGCUCAAGCUGUCGCAACCUGCAGUAGCACUGCUUACUAUGAUUAUUUACUCAUUGAUUCACGUAUUUUCUUAUUUUACAAAACUGUUCUGUGUAAGAAGUUCCAUCCAGGCAGGAAAGAGGAAGCAGUGUAUAGUUUCUGUAUUGAAUAACUUGAUUUAGGUCUCUGUCACUUUCUAAGGCUGGUUAGAUAUGAAAGGGAUUUGAUUUUGAAGAUAAUUGAAGAAAUCCUAAGGCAUUUAUAACCUUUGUUUGUACACAAAGUUAAAUAAAAUUCCUGUAUCUAUU